AUGAUCGAGCGCGCCAGGCGGCUGGUGCGCGACAAGCAGGGCGUACUGACCCGCGACCUGCUGCGCGCGCCCGGCGGUUUCGGCCUGGGACAGGUGCCGCAGCGGCUGCAACCCGACGCCACCACGACCGUGGUGUGCGGUUUCUGUUCGAUCGGCUGCGGGCUGGACGUGCACUUCAAGCACGGGCAGGCGGUGAACCUGUCGCCGACCACGCAAUACGCCGUUAACCUGGGCAUGGCCUGCCCCAAAGGCUGGGAGGCGCUGACGCCGCUGAGCGCUCCGGACCGCGCCACCUCGCCGAUGCUGCGCGACGCCGGCGGACGGCUGCGGGCGGUGGACUGGCCGACCGCCCUGGACACCUUCGUGAGCCGCAUGAAGGGCAUCCAGGCGAAGCACGGCAAGGAAUCCAUCGCCUUCAUCAGCACCGGGCAGAUUCCCAUGGAGGAGAUGGCCCUGCUCGGCGCCCUUGGCAAGUUCGGCAUGGGGCUGCUGCACGGCGACGGCAACACCCGCCAGUGCAUGGCCACCUCGGUGGUGGCCUACAAACAGGCAUUUGGCUUCGACGCCCCGCCCUAUACGUACAAGGACCUCGAAGAAUCGGACGUCAUCAUCUUCAUCGGCGCCAACCCGUGCAUCGCCCACCCGAUCCUGUGGGAGCGCGUGUGCAAGAACCCGCACCAGCCGGAGAUCGUCGUUAUUGACCCGCGGCGCACCGAAACGGCGCAGGCGGCCACCCGGCACCUGCCGCUGCGGCCCAAGUCGGACCUCGUGCUGCUGUAUGCCGUCGCCCACGUGCUGGUGCGCCAGGGAUGGAUCGACCAAGGUUUCAUCGACGCGCACACCAGCGAUUUCGAGGCGUUCUGCGAGCACCUGAAGGCGUUCACGCCGGAGGUCGCCGCCGAGCAAUGCGGGCUGAGCAUCGCCGACAUCGAAGGGCUGGCGCGCACGAUUCACGACGGCAAACGGGUGUCGUUCUGGUGGACGAUGGGCGUGAACCAGAGCCACGAGGGUGUGCGCACCGCGCAGGCGAUCAUCAACCUGGCGCUGAUGACCGGCAACAUCGGCAGGCCCGGCACCGGCGCCAACUCCAUCACCGGCCAGUGCAACGCCAUGGGUUCGCGGCUGUUCAGCAACACCACCAACCUGCUCGGCGGCCACGACUUCGCCAACCCGCAACACCGCGACAAAGUCGCCGGUAUCCUGGGCAUCGACGCGGCGUGCAUCCCCAGCAAGCCGAGCUGGGCCUACGAUCAGAUCAUGGAGGGCAUCCUUAAGGGCCGCAUCCGCGGGCUAUGGGUCAUUGCCACCAACACCGCGCACUCGUGGAUCAACCAGGCGGACGCGCACGACAUCCUGCAACGGCUGGAUUUUCUGGUCGUGCAGGACAUGUACCACAGCACCGAGACCGCGGCCUUCGCCGACCUCGUUCUGCCUGCCGCCGGCUGGGGCGAGAAGGAGGGCGUGUUCAUCAACUCCGAACGGCGCCUGGGAGUCAUCAAGCAAGUGGCCAAGGCGCCGGGGCAGGCGCUGAGCGAUUUCCGCAUUUUCAGAUUGAUCGCCGAGGCAUGGGGCUGCGGCGACAUGUUUCGGAAGUGGGAAUCGCCGGAAGCUGUUUUCCGGCUGCUCAGGGCGUGCUCGGCGGGCAUGCCGUGCGACAUCGGCGGCAUCGACGGCUACCGGAUGCUGGACGCCAAGGGCGGCAUCCAGUGGCCGCUGCCGGCGGGGGAAAGCGUUGACGCAGGCAGCGAGCGGCGGCUGUUCGAGGACGGCCGGUUCUACACCGACGACGGCCGCGCGCGGUUCGUCUUCGAGGCGCCGCGUCCGCUGCCCGAACCGACCAGCCCCGCCUAUCCGUUCACCCUGCUUACCGGGCGGGGUACCUCGAGCCAGUGGCACACCCAGACGCGAACCAGCAAGAGUCAUGUGCUGCGCAAGCUGUACCCCAACGUGCCGUACGUCGAGCUGAGCCCCAGGGACGCCGCCGACUUGGGCCUGCGCGCCAACGCCUGGGUCAUCGUGCGCUCGCAGCGUGGCCAGGUGCGGGCGCGGGCGUUCGUCAGCCACGUGGUGCAGCCGGGGCAGGUGUUCAUACCCAUGCACGACGCGGCGACCAAUCAGCUUACCUUCGCGGCCUUCGACCCGUAUUCGCGGCAGCCGUCGUACAAAGCGUGCGCGGUCCGCAUUGAGCCGGCACCCACCGUCAAUUCAUAA